AAGAAGGCUGUCCCCCCAUCCCGACACUGCCCUUGCUCCAUCCCACCGCACUGCUGCCCCCUGACCUCCAACGGACCUGCUGUGGGAUCUGCCGGUGGUUGUGCUCCCCUGCCCCAGGGUGGGAAGGGGUUAACAGACACCUGCUGCGGCAGGUGAAGCACCUCCUCGGUUCCGCCUUCUCUCUCCCCGCGCUCCACCCAUUGCCCGAGGCCAAAGGGAACAGGUUGGGCGAGUGAGGUGCUUGCCAGGGGUGAGUGGGAGGCGGAGCUGACACACCGACCGGGAACUGUCCGUCACGCAGCAGCCUCUCACCAGCUCUGGCUUCGCGUUCUGCUCCGCCACUGCGGAGCCUGGCACCCCCGGCACCUCGACCACCUCGCCCUGCGGCAACCUCGUCCUGCACCGUCACUGGGUCCCCUCUGGGAGAGAGAGCAACACACAGGGACCCGUUCCCAAUCGCCGGAGGAACUUACCCUGACUCCUGCCCGUGCAGCAGACAACUUCCUCACUGUCCACCGCCUCCCUCUCCCUCCGUCUCUCUCUCUCUCUCCCUCCGUCUCUCUCUCUCUCUCCCUCCGUCUCUCUCUCUCUCCCUCCGUCUCUCUCUCUCUCCCUCCGUCUCUCUCUCCCUCCGUCUCUCUCUCCCUCCCUCCACCUCCCACUCCCUCUGUCUCUCUCUCCCUCCGUCUCUCUCCCUCAGUCUCUCUCUCACUUUCCCUCUCUUUCCCUCAGUCUCUCUCUCACUCUCCCUCUCUCUCCCUCAGUCUCUCUCCCUGUCUGUCUCUCUCUCUCACUCUCACUUUCUCUCACUCCCUUUCUCUCUUUCUCAUUAUCUGUCUCUCUUUCUCAUUCUCUCUCUCUUUCACCUCUCUUUCUCCUCUCUCUCCUUCUCCCUCCCUCUGUCCCAAACAGAGGUAAACCCUGGAGACUGCUCGCUCUGCCAUCCAGCUACAGAUCUGCAGUGUGACCAUCUGAAGACCUCACCCCACUGCCCAGGGAUGGAGAGCCAGCUGACAGCCGUCCUGUUCCUCCUCCUCGUCCCCUCAGGACUGUGCGGGCUGGAGCUGCAGACGGAUGCCCAGACCCUGGUCACCCUGGGCCGCAGCGCGCGGCUGCGCUGCCUGUUCACGGGCUCGGGACAGGUGACGCAGGUGACGUGGGACAAGCUGACGGAGCUGGGGCCACAGAUGGUGGCGGUGCGGAGCAGGGAGCACGGCUCCAGCACGCACCCCUUCUACGGGGCCCGCGCGCGGUUCGAGCAGGCCGGCGUGCAGGCCGACGCCUCGCUGCUGAUCCAGGACGCGGUGCUGGCGGACGCCGGGCACUUCCGCUGCAAGGUCUUCACCUUCCCCUCCGGCAGCUUCGAGGGGGACACCUGGCUCACCGUCCUGGUGCCCCCCCAGGUCUGGGUGCUGCAGGGUCCGCGGGCCCUGCUGGAGGGGGAGCGCCGUGCGCUGGCGGCAUCCUGUGUGGCCACGGGGAGUAAGCCGGGGGCGGAGGUGCGGUGGGAGUCCCCAGUGGUGGGGGAGCAGGAGCUGGUGGAGACGGACAACGAGAACGGCACGGUGACGACCACCGCACACUUCUACCUGCGGCCCGAGCGCUGGAUGAAGGGGAAGAAGCUGCAGUGCAAUGUCAACCACUCCACCCUGUCGGAGCCCAUCCACAUACCCUACACCAUCAAUGUCCUCUAUGUUCCUGAAGUUACUGUAAGAAGAUCCACGGAGAAUUGGCUUGUGGAUAUGGAAGGGAUGGAGUUACAAUGCGAAGAGAAUGGGAAUCCUCCAGCCACAGACUUUGUAUGGAAAAAAGUGGGAGGUGCCCUUCCCAGCAACGUCACUGCGGAUGGGGACAGGCUUUUAUUCACCAGACGCCUCACCGUGGAAGAUUCUGGAACCUACAUCUGUGAAGUUUCCAAUGAAGUCGGCAGUCGGAGCGCCCAGACUAAAGUAACCGUGUCCG